GUAAUAGCGACCAAUCAUCAGGCCAUUAGCAGGCUUCAGAGGAAGCUGUUUAUGUGAUCCUCGCACUAAUUAGGCUCAUGAACGACCAAAUCGUUUGCACAAGUCGCCGAGAACCGAGGCAUCCAUGGAGUGUCUUGUCUGGACUAAGUGACCGAGUCAGCAGAAGCUUUCUUCAAACUACUUCGCAAUGCAUCUCGUCAAUCUCAGCCACGGCUCUGAGUAAACUUUCAUCUUAAAGGAUUCUUUCUUUCAUUAACGCAGAAACACUCGAUCGCUUCGCCUGCACUUGGAAAGGAUCUGUAAGAGGUUUUUUUUAACAUGUUUCAGCCGGCACCGAAACGGUGCUUUACCAUUGAAUCGUUGGUGGCCAAGGACAGCCCGUUGCCAGCGUCCCGAUCGGAGGAACCUAUAAGGCCAGCAGCUCUCAGCUAUGCAAACUCAAGCCCAGUGAAUCCUUUUAUAAACGGGUUCCACUCGUCAGGUAGGGCCGUGUACUCCAGUCCGGACUUGGUGUUUGCUGAUACCCCCAGCGCUACAACUGUGCCAGUUCACCACCACCACCCGGUGCCCCCUGCUCACGCACUGGCAGCAGCUGCAGCGGCUGCAGUUCACCCUCUUCCCUCGGCCCAUUCGCCUCAUCCUCUGUUUGCCUCACAGCAAAGGGACCCUUCUACUUUCUAUCCAUGGCUCCUGCAUCGCUACAGAUAUCUGGGACAUCGGUUUCAAGGAAACGAAACCAGUCCAGAAAGUUUUCUGUUGCACAAUGCGCUGGCCAGGAAACCUAAACGAAUUCGGACGGCUUUUUCCCCAUCACAAUUGCUACGACUGGAACAUGCCUUUGAAAAAAAUCAUUAUGUAGUGGGAGCAGAGAGGAAACAACUGGCUCACAGCCUUAGCCUCACAGAAACUCAGGUGAAAGUAUGGUUUCAGAACAGAAGGACAAAAUUUAAGCGUCAAAAACUAGAAGAAGAAGGAUCAGACUCCCAACAGAAGAAGAAGGGCACACAUCACAUCAAUCGAUGGCGACUUGCCACCAAACAAAGCAGCCCAGAGGAAAUAGAUGUCACAUCGGACGAUUAAGAUCAGUGAAAGACUCGCUGAACGAAGUUUUACUGAAUACAGCCAUAGACAGGGUGAUGUGGGAAAUAGAUAAUGACUUCUCCCAAAAGCAAAUUGUGCAACCAAGGCAGCUGCAAGCGAAGGAGCUGUAAACGUGGCACUGUUGGUGAAGCUGACCUAGGAAUCUGCCAACCGUACCACAGACACGGGAUGCAGGAUUGUUACUGUGCACUUCCUUUUAUGCAGUCCACCAAAAUGUACUUUCUGACAGAACAAUUGCACUUCACAAAUACCAUGAAUUCCACAAGCAGCCAGCCCUCACCUGUAUCAGGAAUCAUGAUCUAGAAAUACAUUAAGUUGCGGCCUUUAUAGAGACACUUAAAUUAUGAUCAACUUUGCUUUGAGGCAGUUUUUUGUUCUUGUUACAAAGAGCGUGUGCAGUCUAUAAAGAAGGUAUAUUAAUGUAAUGGCUUCUUUUUAAGAAAAAUUAUAUGAAGUGCUGCCUUUUCAUUCCAGCGGUUUUAAAAGGGCAAUAUACAUUUUAUACUACAACUGAAAAAAAUACCAUUUGGAAAAUUUAUUUUGUGGAUUUUUUUGUCAUGCUGAAGUUUACCAAGGCAGACCCUGUUGUGUAACUCUCCCAGGACUUGUGUUUUGUUGCUGUACAGGGUUACAAUACUAAACUGCUACGUUUCAUCUCCGAGUGGCGAGGUCGGAGCUGUAGUUAGGUGGUAUCCCACGGUUAUAGAGCUCUACUAUCAGUGACUCUUAUUACUGUCAUGUCUUGUACCAGAAUGUAAAUAUUUCUGUGGUCGUGUUAAGGUUGUUAGAAUUCUAACACACUAUAUACUUCUAAGAAGUAUGUCUUUGUCACUAUUUUGUCAAUAAAGAUCUAUUAAGACGUU